AUGUUUUCCAUUGAUUCAGUAAGAACGUACAUGGAGCACUACCGCAAAAACAAUGCAGCAUUCCAAGGAAUGGUCAACCAGGCUAUCCCCGUCCUCUACUACGCCAUCGGUAGAAACUCGCCUGAGAUGGUGAGCCUCCUUCUUGAGUAUGGAUUCAGUCCAGAGGGUUGUAUCAACACGACUCAUUUCAUUCCUGCGCUCGCGUUCGCCGUCAUACAUGGCCAUCUACAGCUACAAGACACGACCGAGAUCGUGAAGGUGUUACUCGCAGGCGGUGCUGACCCAAAGUCCAUACCAGAGGAUAUGUGGCAACGAUACUUGGAACAGCCUUCGGAGGAGCGUCCGACCACCGUGAAUUAUACGGCAGCGUUCCUUCAGUGGUGCGGCAAACGCACACGUACCCAUCUAGCACAGGGUCUCAACCUCACGCAGCGAUACUACCUCCACAGAGCCAACUCAGCAAGGCCCUUUGAACCCAGGGAGAUAUCUGAAGCCAACCUUCAUGAUGCGGAGGGUAUUUUAAAGCUCGCUUACCGUAUCAUUGGACAACUGCCCGUACUCCACGACCUUCAGCAGCAAAUUCUCAACCAGAUAGCGUCCAAUGUAGACAACCCAGCUGCCCUAGUCAUGGUGUUCGCCGGGCCCCCGGGACACGGCAAGACUGAGCUUGCAACGCAGCUUGGAGGCCUGCUGCGUGUUCCAACUACAACCAUCGUAUGUUCACAGAUGAACACCGACACGGAGCUUCUGGGUUCAAGGAACGGUUACCACGGUUCGACACAGGGCUCUGCCCUCAACAACCACCUCUCAGACAACAUCGGUGAGUGUUCGGUAGUCUUCCUCGAUGAGUUUGACAAGAGCUCGCAAGCAGUCUACAACGCGCUUCUCACAAUCAUGUCAGAAGGUAAGCAAACAGGAUAUGUUUUCUGA